GUUUGUGGUUCUCACCCUCAGGACAUCUCCACUCUGACCGGGAUUCCCGACGAACACAUAAAGACCCGCAAGGUGCACAUCUUUGUGCCGGCCCGUACGGCCAUGCAGUCCGGAGCCCACGGAACCAAGAAGUGGAAGAUGGACUUCGACACCCGGGAACGCUGGGAAAACCCUCUGAUGGGAUGGGCCUCCACGGGUGACCCCAUGUCCAACAUGAACCUAACGUUCACCUCCAAGGACGACGCUGUCGCGUUCGCAGAGAAAAACGGUUGGAGUUACGACAUCACAGAGAAGAUGGAGAAGAAGCCCAGAGUGAAGUCGUACGGAGCCAACUUCUCCUGGGACAAAAGGACUAGGAGGUCUGCUAAGUAAACUGGACUGUCCUGACUCUGGUCUGAAGACACACACCUGUUGUUGCUUGUACCAUAAUUACUCUCUACUUGAUUAAAUAAUACAUGGAUAUUUAUGUGUUCAAAGGGA